AUGAGGUUUUGGAGACAUCGCCGAUUGUCCGAUAGCAUGAUAGGUGUCAACCUCGUUAUCCGUCAAUCGCAAUUGAAACACGAAUUGCCAUUUGAAACCAUGGGAGACGCACAAGCAAAUCCGCCCGACGACGACGACGACGACAGGCCGCCGUAUCCGACCUUCACGGAACGCAUAUAUCAAGACGACCGAGCGCCCUCCUUCACAGCAGCAUACCGACGUCUGAUCUGGCCGCUGAGAGGCGAGUUCCCGUCCGCGAUAACAGUAAAACCUGCCGGCGGCGGCGUCCCGGCACCAUUUUUCAACCCGGAGACGGGAGAAUGGCAUGGAAUCGCCUCGCAAUCAAUCACAGACAAGAAAGUCUCCUCCCUCGAGGCAUCGCUCCGAACGCUGGACGAGUGGGACAGGAUCUGGGAGAGACAUCACAUGGAGCAUGCCGAGGAUGCCAGGGACAUGGACGUGGGCGCGGACGUUUGCGAAUUUGUCGCCUACGGCGACCUCGAGAACGACGUGCGUCCGUUUGCGGCGGAGCCGGAGCGCGAAGACGGGACUUGGGGCUGGGAUGAGCGAUCUGACAAGGAGUUUCUCAUCCGCUGCUGCGGUCAGGAGCGGCCUUUGGGCAAACAAGGUCUCACGCUGGAAGUCCGAGCUGCGCCUGGGAAUGACUUUGUGACGAUCCGGGACUACGUCGGCGCGGUCCAUGCUUGGUUUCUGAGUAUGCAGGACGACAUCUCCGCCGCGAUUCGAUUGAGGGAGCCCGGAUAUCCCGCUUCUCACGCGUGGUUCGUGGACACGGGCGGCGCGGGUGGUCCGCGACAUGAGGUCGACCUUCCCGAGCUUCAAUGGUGA